CUGUUUACUAAUAAAAUAUUGGGGAAAAAAAAUGCAAACUAAAAUAAAUUGUCAAAAGAGUAUAGUGUUGUUGGGAGGUAAAUUUACACUUAUAUCCUUCAUCAACUAUCGUUUUCCAAGAAAUACUCUCGAGGAACAUCUCAUACACCCAUCUCUCUCUCUCUCUCUCUCUCUCUCUCUCUCUUCUUACAUGCUUUUUCUGGAUUUAGUUUUAUUCCUUUUUCUCUUUUGCCUUUGCUUCACAACGCAUAUACCUCUCUCCCUCUCUGCGUCUUACUUUGAGCAUGUUUGUUCUGUUCUUUCAAGAAGAGAUCUCUCUCUCUCUCUCUCCUUCUUCUUCUUCUUCCUCCAAGUUUCUCUCUUUCAAGUUACCCAGUUCUUUUUUUCCAGAAAGAAAAAAAGAAAAAUCAAAUCUUUCAGACACAUCUGAUCUCUCUUUUGACUUCCUUGCUCAAAGAAUCCAUCUUUUUCUGCUUUCGUUCUUCCACAUAAUUUUAUUUUCCCCAAAACUCUGAAUCCAUCUUCUCUCUUUCUUCCUUUAUUGGAGAAAAAAAGGAAGGCUCGCUCCCGAGCAAAUAUGCCCCAAGAAGGGGUAUUCAUCCACAAGUUACCAAAACCAAGCAAUCCUCUUCCCGAUCUCUCCCUUCACAUCAGCCUUCCUGCAGAUUCCUCCAAGUCAUUAGAAUCUUCUCCGAGAUCCCAUCCCGACAACGACGACAUCAGCAGAAUCGAACUCUCCUUAGCCCAUCCCACCACUUGUUCCGACAACACUUCCCCAAGAAACUCCAGAUUCUUCCAUGGCGGUCUUGACACUGACCACUCGGCCACUUCACAUCAUCAUCAGCAGCAGCUUCAUUAUCCCAUCAAUGGCGGUCUUCACGGCUUGAGUCACCUGAUUAACCAGAGGGUUUCUUCCUCACCUGAAAACCUCCACCGUCCGAUCAGGGGUAUCCCGGUGUAUCACAACCGUUCGUUCCCCUUCUACCACCCAAUGCCUUCUUCUUCUUCAUCAUCUCCUUCUUCUUCUUUGCCUUGUUUCGGGGGAGAGUUCGAUCAAGUUUCGAUCUUGAGCUCAUCCGCCGCCAAUAAUCAAUCUUUUCCGGGUUAUAACUCGUAUCGGGUACAAGCCGGUUCGAGGCUUAAAGGGGUUGCUUCUUCGAUCGAGGCCUUGAGAUCACACCAUUUGCAUCAUCAUCAUUAUGGGGUUGGAUCCUCGGAUUCUUCGUCUCACGGAAUGAUUAGAUCGAGAUUCUUGCCGAAGCUGCCUACCAAGAGAAGCAUGCGAGCCCCGAGGAUGCGUUGGACGAGUAGUCUCCAUGCCCGUUUCGUUCAUGCCGUGGAGCUCCUCGGCGGCCAUGAAAGAGCAACUCCGAAGUCGGUUCUGGAGCUCAUGGAUGUCAAGGACUUGACCUUAGCUCACGUGAAGAGCCAUUUGCAGAUGUAUCGGACUAUUAAGAGCACUAACAAGCCUGCAGCUUCCUCAGGGGCAAAUCAGAUGGGUCUGGGGACGAAGAUACUCCCGCUUCUGGAAACGGGACAGAUCAAAGAGCACAAUCUGAUCAUCAAGAAAUUGACUUCCCUUCCGCCAUCUCCACGCCUCUCUGGUGUAAUUCUUCAAGCGGAGAGGCAUGGCCGCAGAGUAAUGUUGAAACAACGAGAGGAGGUACAUCAGCAUCAUUCAGUCACCAUCAAAUUACAUCAACUCUCCAAACUGAGGAUCAUAGCUCGAGAGAUGGAGAAAAGAGGUGUGGAGGUCUUAGUGGCAAGAAUCCGAGCUUGGAGUUCACAUUAGGCAGACCAGAUUGGCACGAAGAAUGACUUUCUCGAUCGACCGGUUUAUAUACUCAUCAAAACACGUCCUUAGUGUAUCCGCAGUCAACAUAUAUAUAUAUAUAUCGACGGAUGUAUGAUUUUUGUUUUCUUUCUUGAGUUGUUUCGUGUGAUCAUUGAUAAAAGCUGAUCCGUAUUUGAAGCGUA